AUGACCACUGAAGAACAGAAUGUGGACUCAGAAGCUGAAUUAUCCGUGGUAAAACCUUGGCUGAGGUACAUUCAGGAUCUUAGUAAUCGUGUGUGGGUCCUUCAGAACCAGAUCCUCACAGUGGUCCCAAGGAAGGAACGUACAGUUCCAGUCACUAUUACCUUACUCCCAUGCAAACAUCUGGAGACUCUUGAGAAGGACAGGGGGAAGCCCAUGUACCUGGGAGUGAAGGAGCCAAGUAGCUGCCUGUUCUGCACAAAGAAUGGGGAGCAGCCUGUGCUGCAGCUUAAAGACCAUAACAUAAUGGAUCUGUACAAUAAAAAUGAGCCAGUAAAGCCCUUUCUCUUCUAUCACAAUGAGAGUGCCAGAACCUCUACCUUCGAGUCGGUGGCCUUCCCUGGCUGGUUCAUUGGUGUCUGUUCCAAUGGAGGGUGUCCACUCUUUUUGACCAAAGAACUGGGGCAAGCCUUUGUCACUGACUUUGAGUUGACUGAAGUACAUUAA